UUGCCUAACAGAUACUACGACACUUAAAAAUUGUCUAACCAAGGCAUUUUUGCUGAAAGAGAGUAUUCCCGCGUCGAUUAGUUGCCUCUCAAUAAUUACGAAGACCAUUGGCUAAUAUAAUGGGUGGGUUACAGGAGUGGCUUCGUGUCUUCGAUUCAUUCAAACGAGAAGGAGAAAUACAUUUCAAUCCAAUCGGAACAAGAGUCGUUAAAACUAAGUUUCUCGUUUAGUCUAUCUAUUAAAUUCCGCGGUAGUGAUGUUUAAGGUUGACUCCUCGUUUGGAGGUGCCUGAGACCCAGGUUUCAGAAAUAUUUACACGAAAAAAUAAAUUAGAUAUAAGUUUAAUUAAGUAUCAAUCUUUAAUAUUAAUUUGAGUCAUAUAGAUACAUAUAUAUGUGUCGUUUUGAAAUGUAGUUUGAUAAAUAGCGGGAAGGGAUGGGCGCUUAGUGAGCCACAGAAGAUAAAUCGAUAGUAGUAUAAUUUGAGUGUUGUAAUUUGUUUUCAUCAUUAUAGGGAUUUCAAUAUGAAACCUAUAUUUUUUAAAUCAAGAUAAAGGUAUCAUAUAGACUUUGUUACACGUCGAUAAUAUAGAGUUAAAUUCGCUUUGAAAAAUAAAAUGCCGAUAUCGUGCUAAACGUUUGCCAUAUAAUAGAGUUAGUCGGAAUUUUUAAAUAUUUCCAUGACGCAUAUUUGACAAGAAUCGAGUAUUAGCGCUAAGAAAACCAAAUAAAAGCAGAUAUGCAGCAUUGAUUUUACUCAAACGAUGUGAAACUAAACGAGGCUUGAAAACAGGAUUAAUAAGUAAAACCUAUAUAAAUUAUAAAUCCAGGGUUUGAGCCAUUGUUAGCGGGUCCAUGCCCGGCUAAACAGUUCUUACCUGGCAAGUAUCACCCAAGGCAUAAUUGAGUCGUUUCAUCUGAUUGAAAAUAUUUGCAUUACGAUGUAUUAGGCUUUGUAUAAGCUAUUUAUUGUACAAUAAAAAAGUAUCUUCCAACUCUUUGAAUUUGCAGAAAAUAUCCAAUUAUUUUGCAUAAUGAACUGCGCUAACAAACACGUCCUCGACAAAAAGUCAAAUAUUUUAAACCCUCUACCAGUCAUUGAAGAUGAGGGCCAAACCUUUUCCAUACGAAAUGGUAUUUUUCAAUGCACCCAAUUUUUGUUGCCUCGUCGUCGACUAUCAGUUGGAGCAGAUUCCAAGGUUCUUGUCAUCGUCACUGGAGGAACGAUUGCUAUGAAGAAUAAAAAUGGUGUUUACGUUCCGGAAAGUAAUUACAUUAACGAAGUGAUAGAGAAUAGUCCGAUUCUGCACGACAAAGAAUCUGCUAAACAGCAAUCAAUCUAUUCGAAUAAUAAUACUAACUGCGACACUCAUUGGUUUGUGUUACCAAAGCUAUCUUUGAAAGAAAAACAAGUCAUUUAUUGUGUAAUGGAAUAUGAUGUCUUACUGGAUUCUUCGAACAUGACAAUUGACGAUUACAAACGCAUCGCCCGUGAUAUCAAAGCUAAUUACGAGAGUUAUGAUGGUUUUGUAAUUCUACAUGGUACGGACACCAUGGCUUACACAGCAUCGUUUUUAUCAUUUAUGUUUGAAAACCUGGGUAAAUCGGUAGUUUUAACAGGGGCUCAAGUGCCUUUAUGUGCAACACGAAGCGAUGGCGUUGACAAUUUACUCGCAUCUCUUCUCAUUGCCGGUAACUACACCAUUCCCGAAGUGACACUGUUUUUUCAUCACCGACUUUACCGAGGUAAUCGCUGCAUCAAAACUAAUAAUGAAAGUUUUCAAGCGUUUGAAUCUCCAAACUGCGAUCCUCUAGUCGCGAUGGGCGUUGAUAUCAAAGUUAAUUGGGAUCUUGUGUGGAGAAGUGCUAUUCCCAAAGCUUUUUCAAUUCACAUCAACAUGGAACAGAACGUUGUUCUUUUACGUUUGUUUCCCGGCAUCACUACAGCCACUAUCAGAGCUUUCGUCAGUCCUCCUGUUGCUGGCGUGGUUUUACAAACUUACGGAGCUGGCAAUGGUCCAAGCAAUCGAAGAGAUAUUUUGGAUUUGUUAACUAGCGCUGCCAAGCGCAAUGUUUUGAUUGUUAAUUGUACUCAAUGUCACCAAGGUUCUGUCGCAGCGUCUUAUGAAACGGGAAAAGUCAUGGAAGAUGCUGGCAUAGUGUCAGGGUCCGACAUGACACUUGAAGCUGCAUUAGCAAAGAUGUCGUAUUUGUUGGGAAGAAAAGAUUUGACGCACACACAAAGGAUGACUUAUUUAAAAGAAAAUAUUAGAGGGGAAUUAACUAGACACGAACCUGUAUCAGAAUUCAAGAAAAGAAACGACUUUUUCGAUGCCGUAGCAGCUUCUAUGAAAUUGAGCUCGAAAUCCGAAAGACACAAUCUUCGCGCAGCUCUUUAUCCUCCAAUGUUAUGCUUUGCUGCUUUGAAUGAUGAUAUUGAUACAUUAGAAAAUAUGAGAAUUCAGGGUGCAGAUUUGUGUUCUACUGAUUACGACGGUAGAACUCCGCUGCAUGUCGCAUCUUCAGAAGGUAAUGAAGAUGCUGUCAAAUACCUGUUAAGUAAAGGGGCUUCUGUUUACGCCAAAGAUAGAUUUGGGAGCACACCAUUGGAAGAUGCUAUUCGAUUCAGAAAAUUUCACAUAAUUCAAUUGUUGAGAGAAGCUGGUGCACACCUGCUCAUCACAAGUUUACAGCUUGGCUGCACUUUGUGUGCCCUCGCAAGCAAUAACGAUAUCGAAGGUCUCAGAGCGUGGAGUGCUGGUGGUGCAAAUAUGUCAGCAACAGAUUACGAUUCACGAUCGGCUCUACAUAUCGCUGGGAAAUUAGGAUCAAUUGAAGCAAUCGCAAUUCUAUUGAAUGGUGGCGCUGAUCCAUCCAGUACAGAUAGGUUUGGCAAGACAGUUUUCGAUGAAUGCGCGGACAAAAUAUCGGCAUUAAUCAAAGAACACGUUAAUAAUCAUAAAUAUACAAUACCAAAUGGACGCGAUGAAAACAUUAGACCGAUUAUGUGAACAUUAAACCUAGUCGACGGUACUGUGAUAUCCUGCACUGGACGUUCACGUCAGGUUAUCGAUAUUUUCUUAUCUCUCCAGUACAUUUUGUAAAGAUCUUUCGUUUGAUAUUAUGUCAAUUUGCGGAAAUACGUAUUAACCUUUAUCUUAGGACUUGGAUUAUAAAUUUUGUAGCAUAUUUUUCUUGUAAAUCCGCGAUGGACUGAAAACUACAAAACUUGCUGAACCCAAUCCUAUCUCUAGUUUCGCAAAUUACAUACCUUAAAUAAUUUACAUAUAUUGAUUGGAACCAAAUAUUUAAUAAUAAAUUUUAUAAUAAUAUUCGAUCAUAAAUUUAUAUAUUGAAUAAGUUCAAACAUGUAGAGUUUCUGGCGUAUAUAACUGUAGUUUGUAAUAUUCAUCACACAACUUUUAUUUAUUUAUGUUAGGAAAGCCACUUUGACUCACAUGACUUAUAUUUGUUUGAAUAUACAAAUUGGUUGAUGCAUAUUUUUAUUUUUCCCAAGGUGAACCCAAAAAAUCAAAUCAAAAUAUCAAUAUUUUUAAAGCAACCGACAUUCAUCGAGUAUUUUUAUAACGUAUUUCCGGUCUACACUGUUCUGAGACACAAUCAAAUUAUUGCACGCUACAGUUAUUAAAUGUACCAUACUGCUUUCUUUGUAACCAUUUCACCAUUUCAGUUUCAAUUUAAUUCACUACUAUUAAUUUGCCAGCAUUCUAAAUAUCAAAAUAUUAUAAAUAAACAACGUCAUUUUAUAUUAUUAUAAACAUUUACAAGACCACGCACUAAAGUCAGUGCAUAGCCAUGGUUUUUGGUAUAACAUGCUGUAAUAAUUAAGGUAGAUCAGGCAUUAUACUUCAUAAUAUUGUAUGAAGCAACUGAUUCGAUUGAGAAGCUAAUCAAACUAAGACAGAAGUGACAUUCCUUUAAUUGCGUUAUUCAUGUUUGAUAAUGUGUAUGAUCUGUUCAUCGAAUUGAAGCCUGAAAAUCGUGUUUUAAAUAAUAUUUUUGUUUCGUAAAUGAUCUUAUCUUUACCUAUGAAUUAUUACCUUCAAUAUAUAUACGUUCUUGCACAUGCAACAAUCGAGUAUACACAAAUGUUCUAUACACAAAUUAGUAUCUAUAUUUUAUCUCGAGUGUUAUUUCAAAUAUCUUUUGUUUACUUAUAUUUUAUUUUGUUUGUGAAAAAUGUGAAUCUUCUGACAUUAAGGGUACACACUGAAUGCUGAAAUUAAUUUAAAUUAUAGCCAAUAUGUUAAUACUUUCCCGAAUGCUUCCGUGGAAACCAUUUGUUGGAAUAUGGGUAUAUUUUUAUGUUUUUCAUUGACAUUCAAUUCAAUUUUCUUACCCUUAAUGUUAGUUUUUAUUCAUUUUUAUUUCAUGUUUGAAUAUGAAAUUUGAAUUUUUUUCAAUGGAGAAGGAUUCAUAACUUCACUUUCAGACUAUAGUUCCUAAUUAGCUUCUGCUCUAAACAUUGAAGUUCAUUGUUAUUGUCUGAAAUUCUAUUAAAUGCA